AUGGAGGGGUUGACCAGUAUGACGGUGCGGGACGUGUUGUACAUGUACAGUGUGGCAAGGCAGGCGUACGAGCGAUUCAUGUCCAUCUGCAGCAACCCGGAGCAGGCCCGAAACACGGUGGCCUUGCUCGUGUGGCUGGACCAGGGCACCAUCUCCGCCAUCCACCACAUCCCUUGCAUUGAUGACGGCGAUGUGGCCAUUGUCGCGGAGGAGGCCAACGCCGUCCUUGAGUGCCUGCGCUACCCGCUACCCGUGCUCCCGCCCAUCCCACUUAUCUCCACGCUCUGCUUGCAAGGCGGUGUCUACAUCGAGCCGGGUUUCUUUGCCUUCCACCAGGACCUCGUUGUCCGCGGCGUCGCCCACUUCCUCGAUGGCGCCGGUAAGUUCGUCUUUGACGACCGCUUGAAUGUAUUGCUCAGGAGGUCUGAAACUGGUCUGGUUGGGAACCUGCCGGACCUCAUGGCGCCCUACAGCCCCCUUCCAGUGGCAGUACCAGAGGACUGCCGCUCCAUGUUCGUCACCUUUUCCAAGACCAUGCCUCUCCAUCGCGAAGAAAUCUUUGACUACUUCAGGGAGAAAUGGGGUGAUUGUAUUGUGAGGGUGCUCAUGGAGAAGACGACAAGAGGCAACAUGACCACAUACGGCCGAAUCAUCUUCAAGACGGAGGCGGUCGUGAACCUGGUGCUCAAUGGUGAGAAGCUCGUCAAAAUCUCCAUCGACCACCGUGAGAUCUGGCUGCGCAAAUACAUUCCCAGGGUCACCAACGUCGACGCCUGA